AUCCGGAUGUGUAUCGUUACAUACAUGUAUAUAUGAUUUCCUGGGAACUUUAUUACAAACAUGCCUGGUAAAAAGCAUGACAAGGGAUUACACAAGGAGUUACACCAUUUCCCUGAGUUCACAGACAACGAUCAGAAUAAUACCAAGGAGACAUUAAAUAAUGACAAACAGGAGUACUCUACAGUUACUACAGAACACAUACACGAAGGAGCACAAGUGGCCACCAGUUUAUUACAACAGAGAGCCAAUGAUGUCAGAAGUAACCGAGUCAACUGGCAGUCUUAUCUACAAGGACAGAUGAUAUCACAUGAAGAUUUCCAGUUUAUAUCAAAGUUUGACAACGCUAAUUCAGAAGUCAAGAAUGCCAUCCUUAUGGAUAAUCCACAACAGUUUGCCAAGACAAUGUUUAGUCUAAUGAACAGAAUAGCUAAAGACCAAACUUUACAGUAUAUAUUGACCAUGUUAGAUGAUGUUCUUCAGGAUGAUAAAAGCAGGGUAGAAAUAUUUAAGGAAUAUUCCAGGAAGAACAAAGAGUCUGUAUGGGUUCCAUUUCUACACCUUCUUAAUAGGGAUGACAGAUUUAUAGUAAAUCAGACAAGCAGAAUAAUAGCCAAAAUAGCAUGUUGGGGAAAAGAGCUGAUGGGAUUAGAAGAUCUCAAAUUCUAUUUGAACUGGCUUAAAGAUCAACUCAGACUUCCAGGAAAUGAAUACAUGCAGACAGCAGCAAGAUGUUUACAGAUGAUGUUACGUAUAGAUAAAUAUAGACAGGUCUUUGUUGAUGUGGACGGCAUAUCAACAAUUGUGAUGGUUUUGGUUGGAUCUAAAGCAGGAUUUCAAAUACAAUACCAGCUUAUAUUUUGUUUAUGGUGUCUGACCUUCAACCCUUUCUUGGCAGAGAAAAUGAAUAAAUUUCAAGUAAUUCCAACAUUAGCAGACAUAUUAAGUGAAACAGUGAAAGAGAAAGUUUCCAGGAUUAUUCUGGCUACUUACAGAAAUUUACUAGAGAAGCCAGAAGAAAAAGAGGUUGUGACAGACCAUGCCCUAUCCAUGGUCCAAUGUAAAGUUAUAAAACAAUUAGAAUUACUGGAUUCAAGAAAGUUUGAUGAUCAAGACAUUGUGGAUGAUAUAGAAUUCCUCUCAGAAAAACUACAGUCAUCUAUUCAGGAUCUGAGUUCCUUUGAUGAAUACACAACUGAGGUGAAGUCUGGUAGAUUAGAAUGGAGCCCUGUACAUAAAUCUGAUAGAUUCUGGAGAGAAAACUGUAUCAGACUGAACGAGAAAAAUUAUGAAUUAUUAAAAAUUUUAGUGAAGUUAUUAGAAACAAGUAAAGAUCCCCUGAUUUUGUCAGUUGCAGCACAUGAUCUAGGGGAGUAUGUACGACAUUAUCCCAGAGGGAAAAAUGUAAUAGAGCAGCUAGGAGGUAAACAGUUAGUGAUGCAGUACCUUUCACAUGAAGAUCCUAAUGUUAGAUUUGAGGCUUUGAUAGCUGUACAGAAACUGAUGGUACACAACUGGGAAUAUCUCGGCAGACAGUUAGAAGCUAGUGAUAAACCUAAAGACUCCACACAGCUUGUGUCAGCAAAAGCCUAGUUAAUACAUUCCAUUAUAGAUUGUAAAACAAUUCAACAGAUCUUAAUGUGACGUUAAUGUCAGAGAAUAUAUGACAUAUAUAUAGAGGAUUAUUGUGAUAUUAUGAAAAAUAUGUUGACAAACUACAUUCCUCUCACAGCAAAAUGUGAGGAGUCUUUUUAUUCAAACUUAUAUGUGUUUUUGUUUAUAGUUAUUACAAAUUUGCGAAGAGUUCAAAAGUUCACGCAUCCUGUAUGACUGAAGAAAACUAGGAUGUUUAAUACUGUAAAUUCAGAAAUUUUGUUUGUAUUUAUAAUUGCUAUUAUUUAACAUUGGACACAAAUGCAAGAUUGAUUAUUGCCAUUUCAGGAAAUGCUGCUUACAAAUAAUGCUAUCGAAAUUUAAAAUGCCAGUUUUUAUUCAAUAUAAAUUUUUGCUAUAAUUUCAAAAUUUACAGCUUUUUUUACUGUUGGGAACACUUCCUUAAGAGCUUUACUCUUAAUAUGACCAGCUUUCAUCCUAAUUUUUGGAUAAAUCCUAAUCCUAGCUUUACCCCCAAGUCAAACUUAAUUCUAGGAAGCCUCAUUAUUAGCCCUCAAGUGAAUUUUCCCCUAAAGUAAAACAUUUUAUAAUUCAUGAAUGUUGAAAAAUUGUUCAUAAUCAGUAUUUGUUAGAUAUAAUAUAUUGUUUUGUAAAUGUAAUUAUAAAAUUGCUGUUUGACCUUUCAAUCCAAAACAUUAGUAAGUUAUAUCUUCCAGUGGUGGAUACAGGAGGGUUAGGGGUGAUGAUGGUCCUUUGAUCGCCCCAAAAAAAUCCAAUGUUUCUCAUGGUUUAUAAGAUUUUUGAGCAUAAAAUCAUCAAAAAAAAUUCCCCUUAGUUUGCUCUGUGAUAUAUAUUGCGUUUUCUGGAAUUAAACUGCCUCUUUCAAUAAUCACAGACCCACCUCGGUCUUCAAAUUGAAAAAUGUAGAUUGAAAUUGCUAUAUUUGAACUAGAGAAUUGAAAAGAGAGAAUGUAAAUAUGUCAAUUAUCUCCCUUAGUUAAUUUUGUAAAAGGAAUUUUAUUGACUAAAUUCCCAUGACAUGGCUGGAAUUCCAUAUGUAAUUGUAAAUGUUGUAUUCAAGAGAGAUGAUAGUGAUUGUAUGUAUGCAAUAGUAAAGAGUCUAGUCA